GUCGACACAACAGCCAGCUGUUGUCUGUUGUUGUAGGUUUAGGUGUGGUUUGUAAUUAGUUCUUGUAUUACUGUACACUUACGUACUAAAUCUAUUAGUGCUGUGGGUGGAAGCUGUGGCAGAUUUCUGCUUUGAUUGUACAACACAAAGAUUGGUCGGAUGGGAAAGGAAUUCUGCUGAAGACACUGCCUGUUUAUUAGGCCUAUAUGCAGAAUCCUCUGUCAGUGCGGUAUUUAUUUCACAGAUGAGAAAGUCGUUACAACACUUUAAAGUGAACUUAUUUUUCACGUACAGUAACAGAACAAUAAUAAUUUUUCUUUAGUCGUCAAGUCAUAGCUGACGAGUGAUUUUGAAUCCCAAAACUGCAGAGUGUGUCGGUUACAGCUGAAAAAGACAGAAUAGAUUAUUUGCUAGGCUGACAGGCAAUAACUUAUUACAGCUUUUCUGUGAUCAUGGCCUACAGUGUGCCAGCUGCUGUAGAAGAUGAUAAUGUCACAUAUGAGAGCCUCGUUGAGGAAAUAUCCAACUUUCUACAAGCGAAUCGAGACAUUUCUCAAAUACGAUUCCAGUGCUUGGUCCACGAGGCUUUUCAACCUAGCUGUAACUCGACCAGCACACAAAAAAAUGACAGGAGAACAAAUGUAGUGUCAGGUGCUGUCUCUAAGGCUCACGUGGCGAGAAAAAGGCAGUCUUCUAAUAGAACAAGAUGGAUUUGUUUCUCCGCUUUCACCUUCAUGGCUGUCAUUUUAGCUUACCUUGUGAGCAGUCAGGCCCAGCAUCUGGCUGUAACGAACAGACUAACGAAGACUGUCCACACGGUUGUGGCAGGCGUUGUACCAUCAAGCUCUCCCUUCCCUCCUCUCAUGGACAUAGCCUACCACUUGGUCCUGAGACCAGCUCGUCUGUUGUCAACGUCUCUGGGCCUAGCCACAAAUAAAGAUUUACAAGAGUGCUACGUGAAGAAUCCUUUACUGACAUUGUGGAAGCAAGACUCGCCGAAGGAGGAGUGCACGUGUUCGCGGGUCAAGUAUAUCCUGUCAGCUAAAGAGGAUCUGGGUCGUGAUCACAAUUUGCCCCUCACUCCGUAUCUCAUUGACGCACAGCCAAUCGUGUUACGGCAAUGGAGCGGCCAUGCUUCAGUGACAGAUCUACGCAGGGAGCUUGUAGAAUUUUCUGGAAUACUUGGUGCUGUCCCCAGUGUGGUGAGCUGUAACCUUGACGUUGUCAGUAACCUGCAGGAUCUCACCAAGCCGCAGAUCUUUGAUGCUGUCGUGAAUAACCCAACUGCUCACCUGGAAUGGCUUACCAGGAACUACAUCGGCUGCUCGGCCAUCAAGAGGUUAUUUCCCCUGCCCGUGGUGUGGCAGCACGGCUUCUUCGAUUCUCACCGAGUCUUGCUUCUGGACGGUGCAGAGUCCAACGCUUAUGAACUGCCCAUUGGCAGCGAGGUGACGAUCUACCUUCAAGGUCACGGGGCCAGGAAGGUCAUCUUGAUGCCCAAAGAGCCGUGCUCCUCUCGAUGUCGCCACCUCUCCACACGCUUGAAGUCAGGAGAUAUUUUGAUGUUCUCGGGCUCUGUGUGGCGAGCCCGCUCGGAGCGUGUGGACGGAGAACCCAGCCUUGCCUCCCUGGCCGUCCUGGAUGAGGAAGAUUCUGAAUGAUGGUCGGCUGUCGUGGCCCGGACAGUUGGUGCCCUUGACAUUUUGUGUUGUUCGUCCAGUCGGUCAUAAUAAAUUAUAAUAAAUAGCAUUUAUAUAGCGCUCAACCCCGAUUAAAAUACACAGGCUUUGAGCUCAUCACUGUCAAUAAGAUUAAAUCAAACGGAGUCACUGUCAGUCAGACGUCCCUCUGUCCCACGGAAAAAGUGACAAUUUUGGCACACUACAACUGAUUCAACCCGCGACCUUGAAAAACAUUUUAUGCGUUUGAUUUUGAAGCUUACGAUCGAAUGAAGUCGAAUUGCUCCAAAAUGGUAGCUUUUGUUCCAUCCAUGAAGGAAAAUCUUUCUGACCCCGAUGACCUUGACAGACUUAAAAAGAAUUCCACUGGCAGUGUGAGCUUGCUGCAAGUUUGGGCUGUGGAGUUUUUGUUUGUCUAUUGUGAUGUCAUGUAACAGGGAAUUGGUUUUCAUUCAUUUUUUUCAAGUCAAUUUUACUUGAUUAUUAAUUGCUGAGGGAAUUAUUUUAAAUUGUUACUUUGAAAUUGUGGAGAUGUUUCUUAUGUUGUUUUAUGUUAUAUCUCCUUUCUAACCAGCAUAUAUAUAUGUGGUGUAGCUUAUGCUCUUAGUUGUCAUCUUCAGGAGCCCCAAGUUCAGUUCCCGAGCGGGGAGAAAAUUUGUAUCUAAUAUCUCGGUCUUUCUGCUGCGAUGUUGUAUCCCUCUUAGCAUGGGUUGGCCCUUACAGAGAGGGUCAGAAGCAUGCCUUCUAAGUUAUCUAAAUUGUGUCAGCGGCGAGUAAAAUUCUUUUUACAUUAAAAAAAAAUUUUUUUUUCAGGAAAAGACACUUCUUGUCCUUAUAUUACGGGUAAAUCAUUUUAUGUUCACACGUUUUCCAUUUUUCUCGCUCAAAUCAACUUGCACACAAUGUGCUAUUUUUUGUUUAACAGUGUAAUUUACACAAUUUCAAAUAUAUGUUCUCUUUAUUGUCCCUCAAUAUCAGUUUGUAAGGGUGAAAGGCUGUCACAUUUUUCUUUUUAUUUGACUUUUUUUAUUCAACAACUUUCCUCCUUAAAUGUUGUGAUAAUUGACACCUACCAUGUGCACUGAGUUACAAGAGGAAUUAGUUUAGACGUUGCAGUAUAUGUAUGCGCAACAUUGUGAGACAUCAUGGUGAAAUCAGGCACUUGUAAAAAUAAUGAAAUCACAGAAACCGACAUUUUUCUGCCCGUGGGGUAAUUUUUAAUUAUUUUUUUUAAUCAACACCUUUUAUCAUGUCCAUUUAAUAACGCAUUUCUCUGUGGAUUUUACUGAAAAAUAUUUAUCAAAGGUACCAAUAUUGUAAGUUUGCAGUUUCCAGGGACAACAUCUAGCAUUUGAAGUCACCAAAGUUGGGGUUCAUUUUUUUUUUUAUUACCUGUCACACCUGGCGACCCCCACCCACCUCCUUUAAUCACAAAUAUCUCGACUUCCAUUCAAGAUUCAAUGGGUAUUUUUUUUCAAUAACAGCAAGACAAAUGAGCAAACUUCAAGUUUCAAGUUUAUACAGUUCCAAGACCAGUAACGUCAUUUGCCCAAAAGUUGACAGGCACCAGACUCCACCAUUUUAGGAAUUCUAGGACACAAUUUGGCCUGUCCUUUUGUGUCAUUAGAGGAAUCUCCAGUUUCCAGCAUGUCAAAGCAAAGCUCUACAUUUUCUUUAUCAUAGGGCAUGGAUACUUACUUUGAAGUAAAAAGUAGAGUGGUAAUUGUUUGGUCUGAAAUAAAAGUGUGCACAAUAGUUUUUGUUGAUUUUGUAAAUCCUAUCCUCGCUGAGGAUGUUAGUGGUGUUUGUUGUUCGGGUAUCGAGUCAUUUUUAAAAUUUAUUUAUUUUCUUUUUUUUUGCCUCAGAAAGAAAAGCGUUUGUAUAUUAUUGGCAGAAAGCCGUUCAAAUGUUCUAAGCCAAGAAAGCAAAAAUUGCUCAGGACAUAGAAGAAAACUGCUUUAAUUCUCGCUCAAAUUGUAUCUAUGUUGCGUAUUUUUUUCUUCCUUUUUUACAUUUAGAAUUUGAAUUUAGACCAAAUAUUAUUUCUGGAUUAUGCAAAGCACCACAUAUUUAGCAGGAUUUAGAAACUGCAAGAAAUUAAGAUAAAAAUCUUUUGAGAAAGUUUGGACAUAGUAAAUUGAACGGCAGGGCAAUGAUAUAUCUAUAUUAUAUUAUACUAUAGUUAUCUGGUCUUGGCCUUUUUGUAGAUGUUACUGAGAUAGAGGUUACAGGUCCCAACUGAUAUGAAAGUUUUUGACAACGCUUGCUUUUGCCUGUUUCCCAUCUGCCAAUGCCUGUCCAGCCUUACAAAUGUUUCACAAUCUCUUUUUUCUAAGACAUCUGUAGUUAUUACAUGUAUUGUAUGGAGAUUAAAAUUUCAAAGAGUCA